AUUGAGCUUCAGUAAGCACAGGACGAACCCAUUCUACUUUACGCCGUAGAGACUGCGCGGCCACACAAAGCAAUGGCGUCCUCAUUCCAGUCUAUCUCACAGCUCGUCGGGAGAACGUCUCGUCUCUCCCUCUCCUCCCUCGAGCACGCUUCCCCGCGUACGGUCCCAUCACACUCCGCUCUGUACCUCCGAACAAGGCCGCAGACACAAUGUCGAAACAACGCUUCCUCCACGAAAACCUCCCUAUCCCGAGUAUCGAACAAUGCUGUUCCAGCUCGUUCAUUUUCGACAACCCCGCUCCGCUUGAAAGCUAAGACGAUGGCUCAGCUGAAGUCGCGCGCCACCACCGGUCCAUUUUCCUGGAAGGCAGCGCUGCUGUUUGUCAUCACGGGUGUAGGUAUGAUCGGAUACUUCAAGUUCGAGAAGGCGCGAUUGGAGCGUAAGCGCAUCGUUGAGAUGAGCAAGGGAGUGGGAAAGCCGAGAGUGGGAGGGCCGUUCGUUUUGAAGGAUCUGAAUGGGGACGUGUUUACGGAACAAAAUCUGAAGGGGAAAUAUAGCUUUGUCUACUUCGGCUUCACCCACUGCCCCGAUAUUUGCCCCGAUGAACUCGACAAGAUGGCAGCUAUCAUCGACAAGGUCCGCGAGUCUGCUAAUGGAGAGGAUGUUAUGCGUCCGGUCUUCAUCACCUGUGACCCAGCCCGAGACACUCCUGAGGUCCUGCGCAAGUACCUGAAGGAGUUCCAUCCCGACAUUAUCGGUUUGACCGGAACAUACGAGCAGGUCAAGAAUGUCUGCAAGCAAUACCGUGUGUACUUUUCUACACCGGAGAACGUUAAGCCCGGCGAGGACUACUUGGUCGACCACAGUAUCUAUUUCUAUUUGAUGGAUCCCGAGGGAGACUUCGUCGAAUGUAUCGGUCGCCAGGACACUCCGGCCUCUGCUACCAAGGUCAUCAUGGACCAUAUCAACGACUGGAAGAGGGAGGGAAAGCCGCUUGAUACCAAGCCAGACGCCCAAAACUCUCAACAAAACUUGUAAGAAUUAACACGGCCUUGCUGAUCGGAGUUAUGGAGAAGUGGGGACCACUGUGAUGUACAUGUACACUAGACAUACCCUACUCUGAUGUUUUAUCAAUCAAUCAAUCAAUCAAUCAAUCCAUCAAAUAUUAAACCAAUUUCAAGACCGCUC